AACCUAUAGAUUAUACAACUGGAGUUGAUUUUAUUUAUUGUUUUUUAUUAUUAUUUUCGUACAAUUUAUAUAUACCAUCAAAUGAAGCUUCAAUCCAUUCUCGAUUGCCAUCUACGUUUACAUACAUCUCCGUUUUGGCUAGGACUCCUCUGCAUUUCCGACCACCGCACCGGAAACCACCGCGUCACCGCCAUUGAACACCAUGAGUUAUGAGCCAGUUUCUUAUGAGACAUCAGACUAUGAAUCGCCGCCGCCACCGUUCCAACACGCCCACCACUCACACCAGUAUGCGGGAGAGCCGGCGCCGCCAGAGUACGACGAAGGUUAUCAGGGAUACUAUGAUCAUCCGUCGCCGCCGCUUCCGCCGUCGUUUCCGCCUCUUGAAGAUCUCCCUGAACAUCAUGAACACUACCGCGACGGUUGCUGCUCUUGUUUGAAGCCCUGCUUUCGCAUUCUGUUUUGCUGCUGGAUAUUCGACUGUUGCUGUUGCUGCUAGAUGGGCUGGCCGGAGCGAGGCUGCCGCGCGCCCCGCCACCACCUCCACCUUUCCAUCCCGGCCGCCCUCCUCCAAAUACGCACUAAUAAUUAUCUUAAUAUACAUUGAUGUAACAAAAAUUAAUUAUAUUAUAUAUACUCUCUUUCUCUUAUACGGAGUGAUAUGUUUUUUUAAUGCGAGUAAUAUAUAGAGAGUAUGUUU